AGCCGUCUCCCCGCCCUCGCCGCUGCCAUGGCGGCAGCUCCGCCGCUCUCCAAGGCCGAGUAUCUGAAGCGCUACUUGUCUGGGGCCGAUGCCGGCGUCGACGGGGGCUCUGAGUCCGGUCGCAAGCGUCGCAAAAAACGGCCGAAGCCUGGCGGGGUCGGCGGCAAGGGAAUGCGAAUUGUGGAUGAUGAUGUGAGCUGGACAUCUAUCUCCACCACUAAACCAGAAAAGGAGGAAGAAGAUGAUGGAGAUUUGCCUGUGGUGGCUGAGUUUGUGGAUGAGCGGCCAGAGGAAGUGAAGCAGAUGGAAGCCUUUCGUUCCAGCACCAAAUGGAAGCUUCUGGGAGGCCACAAUGAAGAUCCACCCUCACACAGACAUUUCCAUCAUGACACCCCGGAUUCAUCUCCUCCAAGGAGGGUCCGUCACGACACCCCGGAUUCAUCUCCUCCAAGGAGGGUCCGUCACGACACCCCAGAUUCAUCUCCUCCUAGGAGGGUCCGUCAUGACACCCCAGAUUCAUCUCCUCCUAGAAAGGUCCGUCAUGACACCCCGGAUUCAUCUCCUUCUAGGAGGGUCCAUCAUGAUACCCCGGAUUCAUCUCCUCCAAGGAGGGUCCGUCAUGAUACCCCGGAUUCAUCUCCUCCCAGGAGAGUCCGUCAUGACUCCCCAGAUCCUUCUCCUCCUAGGAGGGUCCAUCAUGACACCCUGGAUUCAGCUCCUCCUAGGAGGGUCCGUCAUGACUCGCCAGAUCCUUCUCCUCCUAGGAGGGUCCGUCAUGAUUCCCUAGAUCCCUCUUCCCACAGGAGGGCCUGUCCUGAUUCGCUGGAUCCUUCUCCCCUCAGGAAGCCUCAUCGUCAUUCUUCAGGUGUGUCUCCUAGGAGGGCCCGUCAUGACACACCAGAUCCAUCUCCUCCUCGGAGGGCCCAUCACAAUUCCUCAGAUAUCUCUUCCCACAGAAGGGCCCGGAACAGCUCCCCUGACACAUCCCAACCUAGAAGGACUCUUGACUCCUUGGAUACCUCGCAACCCAGAAGGGCCCGUCGUGACUCCCCAAGUUUGGCUCCUGAUGGCCCUCAUUCACUGCCCAGGACCAAAAGCAGUAAAGCUGCAGAGAGAGCCUCUAGCAAAACUUCCUCACAGUGGAAGGGGCCAGGACCCUCCCAUCUGUCACUCCCAAAGAACAGCAAAUAUGAGGAUGAUUCGGAUCUCUCUCCUCCACGAAAAAAGCAAGCAAGAUCCCAUUUUGGAAAUAAGCAGCAUGAUUCUAGAGGCUCUUCUCCCAGCCGUAGGAAAUUCCAUACAAGCUCUUCACCUAGGAGACAUCAGAGUCACAUGUUGGACUCUUCUUCCUACCCAGGUAACAGUCGGAAAGCCUCUGAUUCAGAUCUUUCUCCUCCACGGCAUAAACAAAGUCUAGGGCGCCAGGAUUCUGAUUCAGAUCUGUCACCUCCACGGAAUAGACCUAGACACCGGAGCUCUGAUUCUGACCUCUCUCCACCAAGGAGGAAACAAAGGGCCAAAUCUUCUGAUUCCGAUCUGUCUCCACCUCGAAGGAGUCUGCCUCCAGGAAAGGCUGCACAUAUGUAUUCUGGGGCUAAAACUGGGUUGGUGUUAACUGACAUACAGCGAGAGGAGCAGGAGCUCAAGAAACGGGACCAAGAAACCAUGGCGUUUGAAGCCGAAUUCCAAUAUGCUGAAACUGUAUUUCGAGAUAAGUCUGGUCGUAAGAGGAAUUUGAAACUGGAACGUUUAGAGCAAAGGAGAAAAGCAGAGAAGGACUCGGAGAGAGACGAGCUGUAUGCCCAGUGGGGUAAAGGGCUUGCCCAGAGCCGGCAGCAGCAGCAAAAUGUGGAGGAUGCAAUGAAGGAAAUGCAAAAGCCCUUGGCCCGCUAUAUUGACGAUGAAGAUCUGGAUCGGAUGCUGAGAGAGCAGGAAAGAGAGGGAGACCCCAUGGCCGACUUUAUCAAGAAGAAUAAGGCCAAAGAGAACAAGAAUAAGAAAGUGAGACCUCGGUACAGUGGCCCAGCACCUCCUCCCAACAGAUUCAAUAUCUGGCCUGGGUAUCGCUGGGAUGGAGUAGACAGAUCCAAUGGAUUUGAACAGAAGCGCUUUGCCAGGCUUGCCAGCAAGAAGGCGGUGGAGGAACUUGCCUACAAGUGGAGUGUUGAGGAUAUGUAACUUUUCUAAGGCUGUGGGGGUGGCUAUGGGUUGUAAUAGUGGACAUAAGGCAGCCAGACAUCCAGCUGUAACAGUUGUCUGUGCUAAUAAUCAGGGCCCACACAGACCAGCAGCUCGUUGAAUGCUGGUCGUGACUACAGAAGAAUAUUUGGUUCCUGAUGUUUGGACUGAGGCACCUGUACUUCUCAGGUGUGCCAGCACUGGCUGUUACUGGCUUCCAGAGGAAGCGUUGAUUUCUCAGUGUCCCCGGGUUUGUUCUUGGUUAGGAUUUUUCUUUUUUAAUAAACAUACAUUUAUUUUUUUAAA